CCAGUACAGUAGCUGGCGAUGUAUGCACCUUGAAUGUAGAAUGCGACCUGCCAACCCAAUUCCAACGAAGAAGAAGGUGAAGAUUUCUGAUAGGAGCUCUGUAACUCAUUGCGAAACAUUUGUCCAACAACAUCCAGGUUGGGUAGUUCAACUGUAUAUUUGGUUAUUCUUUCUAGUCUAAAUAAUUGAGCAAUUCUGUUUUCGAUUUUUCAUUAAAAUCUUUUCUUGCUAGCUACAUUACUUUUCAACACGACAUCAUAACGUUGUUGUCACACGUGGAUACUACUGCCGUGAGUUAGCUAAUUUGCUAAUUCCUAGCUUAGCUACCAUUUGUUAGCAAGGACAUUUUCGUUUUCAUAGAAGGUUAGCUUUUUGCGUUUAGACACGAUCGUUCAUGUGAACGUAUAGUGUGAGAUUCGAUGCCUCCUGCAAGCAAACGGGCGAGAAAAGAGGACUCACUGCUGGAGUUGGCGUGUGAGUGGGGGUCCUGCCAAGAGUCGUUCGAUCGGAUGCAGGAGUUCUGCGAGCAUGUGGAGGGUCACCUCAAGGCGCUGGACAUAGAGGACGGGGGAAAUUACUCAUUUGAGGAGCACAGCUGUCUAUGGAAAGAUUGUGGGUUCUGCUCUGUGGAGAGUGCCGAGGAGUUUAAGCGCCACGUCUAUUUCCACUGUUACCACACCAAGCUGAAGCAGUGGGGCCAGGGGGUACUCAAGGCCCAGCCCAGCAUCGGCACCUGCACCAUUGGCCUCCACAACCGCAACAUCGUGCCUGACAUCACAGACAACUUCAUCUGCCAGUGGGAGCAAUGUGAGCAACCAUCCCUUGCCAACCCAGAGUGGUUCUACCGCCAUGUGGAGAUGCACAGUAUGUGUAUGGAUGUACCCUCUGCUGAUAAGGAGCUCUUGGUGCGCUGUGGCUGGAAGGACUGCGAGGCCACGUUUAAAGGGCGUUUUAAACUGCGGGAGCAUCUGCGGAGCCACACUGGGGAGAAGGUGGUGGCCUGCCCAAUCUGUGGAGGCAUGUUUGCCAACAACACCAAGUUCUUUGACCACAUCAGACGGCAGACCACCAUCGAGGGUCAGAGGUUCCAGUGCUCCCACUGCUCCAAACGCUUUGCAACAGAGAGACUACUGAGGGACCACAUGAGGAAUCAUGUAAAUCACUACAAGUGUCCAUUGUGUGACAUGACCUGCCCAUCCCCCUCAUCACUGCGGAACCACAUAAAGUUCCGCCAUAGCAACGAGAAGCCUUAUAGCUGUGAAUACUGCGAGUACAGCUGUAAGAACCUGAUCGACCUUCGUAAACACCUGGACACCCACAGCACUGAGCCGGCCUACCGCUGUGACUUCACCAACUGUGACUACACCACACGCUCACUGCACUCCAUCAAGAACCACUACAAGAAAGUACAUGAGGGAGAUUUUGUGGCUCGCUACAAGUGUCAUGUCUGUGAGCAGUGCUUCACUAGAGGAAACAACCUCACUGCCCACCUCCGCAAGAAGCACCAGUUCAAAUGGCCCCCUGGACACCCCCGAUUCAGGUAUAGGGAGCAUGAGGAUGGCUUCAUGCGUCUGCAGCUGAUCCGCUAUGAGAGUGUGGAGCUGACCGAGCAACUGAUGAGAGAGAGACCGGAGGGCCACGAGGGGGAGGGGGAGGACGCUGCCCGGACAGAUAUCCUGGGGCCUGGGGAGGAUGCCAGGGUAGUAGCACACUCCACGGAGGUACAGGUGGAGCUGAGAGGGGUGCUGUUGGAGGGGGAGCAGGAGGAGGGUGUGUUCUAUGAUUUGACUGGGGGGGACUCAUCUCAGGCAGAGGAGGACACUGUGAUCCUGCAGCUACAGGACACUGCUCAGCAGCUGGGCAUGCAGGUGGUAUAACCACUACAACCCCUCACAUAGACAUGCUGCUCAUCUAAUGGCUUGUUCCUCUGAGAUACUGAGCAGUGACACAGCACAGAGGCACCAGGACUAAGGGAAGGACGGGAGAGCUUUACCGUUUUUUUUAGCAUACCUGUCUACUGAGUAUGAGGAGGGGGAACUCUUCAAGGAUUCACAUAGUAUUGAUUGAAGUGAACAGUGGCUCCUAAAUAUUGGGAUUUAACCAGCAGGACUGGCCUUACCUGCCCUCACUUCAGGGCCCACACUUCUCAUAGCACUCUGUCAGAAGAUAUGGAGUUGAUAUUGUGGAUGUGAUUUCUUGGACUGAAGAGUUGUUUUCCAACGUCUGAUCCGCCAUUGUUGGAGACCAAGACAGUUGCUAUGUUUUGCAUUAUGAACAACUUUGAGCUGAGCUGAAUGGACUUCAUAGGUGUAUACUAUAAAGCAGGAUCAAUGAGUUAGCCAGCUGACUAAGUAGUCUUAUAUAACUUGUUAUAUUCUUUUUGGGGGGAGGGGGUUUGAAAUGUGUUGGUCUAAAGGCGUCAGCAUGCUUCAGUUCGGCUGGCACCUAGCCAAACUUGGCUAACCGAAUGAGUGUGCUCGCAUAUGACCUUUGCUUGAAAAAUUAGAAGAAAAGCGACAAUAGUACUGUUUGUCUAAUCAGAAUUAAUCUAAGAUAACUCAAGAAGUCUGUCAUUAAUCUGGAUGUUUUUGACGAAGAGAUCUUAGUCGUGCAAUUUUAUAUCUAAGAUGUUUGGUGAAGUAUUUUUCAAAGGAAAAAAUGUGCUUGAAAAUGAGUCGUCUCUCGUUGAAUGACAACAGACUAUUCAAGAAUCUAUACUGUUGACCAAUCACAGACAAAGGGGUGUGAACUUCGGCUCCGAACUUCGACUUGCCUCCAAAAUGUCAUCUUAAUAUAUGCAUAAACUCUUCCAAAUUGUUUUGGCUGGGAAGCAUGAGGACGCCUUAAUUCAGUGUUUUCCAACUCCAGUCCUCGAAUACACCCAAACAACGCACACUUUUGUUGCUCUGGAGAAUUUCAUCUAAUUCAACUCAUUGAGGGUUUGAUGAUUAGCUGAAUCGGGUGUGCUUGUCCAGGGCUACAACAAAAAUGUGUUGAAUACAAUUGAUUCAAGUUCAAAUAAAAUAACCAGAAAAUGAAUAGUUAUUGCUGGUUGUUUAUCUAAGUUAGCUGGCUAACUCAUUGACCCUGCUUUUUAUUAUACCUCAGCUGUUUGAUUUGACAUUUAUUUUUUGGUCCUGGGCAAUAAACAGAUUGUGCUUUUUAUUGGCUUGUAUCGUAUUUUGCAUUGCUGUCACUCACCUUUUUAGAGCGUGUAUAUUUAGUUUGAUGCACAUUUCAGAACAUUGCAUGUAGAUGUGAACUGAUGAUUCUCUAUCAAGUGAAGCAGAACGUUGUGUAUAAUACUUAUCUAUAUUUUGCUCUUAAUUAUCCCACAGAAAUUGAUUUACUGCGUGUGCGUGCCUGUGCGUGCAUGGUGUGAAAGAGAGCAUUCUCUGGCCUAGAAUCUAAUCCACUUAGUGGUGCUCUUGCAUCCGGCUUGUUGCCCGUCAGACACGUCCUCCAAUGAUGGACAAGACUGGCAGACACAGAGAGGCUAUGUACAUGACUGAAAUAGGAUGUUGAGGCUCUUGAUUGUUGCCACUCUAUUCAACGGCAGAGAUGGAAUCAAUACUUUUUGCUCUAGUCGUGCAGCUAUGGCAAUGCACUCGAAAGCCAUUCUUAUAACAAUAUCUUGUUAUUUCUCGCCUCCUUUUCUUAUACACUACAAUUGCACAUCCAUACAAAACUGUAUAAUGUACAUGAAUAUAUCUGCAACCCAUGCUAUGGCUCUGUGUAAGCACAGCACAUAGUAUUAUAUCUGUGGUAGUAGUGGAUGGGUUGUUGUUAGCUUGUGUUUAAAAGAUUAACCAGUCCUAGGAGCUUAGUGUUAGCAGCACUCACUGUGCUCUGCUUCCUUACUCUGUCGCUAUCUCUGGACCCUAAUGCAGAUAGAGUUCAUGCAGAACACCUGAAGACUACUUGGCAUGCUUCUGUGCCUUUUUAUGGAGAUUUAAAUGGAAGUUUGAAGAGAAACUCAUUAACAUCCAUGCAUGUUCUUUCUUUGGUUCAGAACUGAGUUGUUUACCUCUCCUGCUCGUAGAGACUGCUACUGAGGGACAGAAGAAGGCAACCAUGAGACUGUACUCACUGCUGCUUCUGCUCCUGGGGUCCUCACACGGGGUAUUCGCACAGCUGCCUGAGUUAAUGGAGGAGGAAGGUAGCGGUGUGACAGAGGUGACUCCAGAGCCAGAACCUGUGGAUGACACCUACUGGUCAGGCACAGCCCCCAUCUGUAUGGGAGGUUGUAAGGGGAGACACCAGGAACUGAAGAAGGAUCGCUGUGGGGACUCUGACUGCUGCUGGUUUGGCUAUAAAUCCCUCUGCAGAGGUACCACUCCCACAUGUAACCUUUAUCUGCUGUACCCUGCUCGCUCACUGUAGUGUAGCACAUUCAUCAUAAUUACAUAAAUAUUCUAUCAAAUUGUAUUUUCCUUAACAACAGGAAAUGAAUGAAUUUGUCAGUACACUGAAAUGUAUCAAACUAAAAUUUGAAAUACAUUGUACUAUCUUUAUCUUCUCAUAUAGUAUAUUAGUCAUUAUUCUCUACUUUGCACAUGCUCUGUUUGUCCUGUUUGCUCUUGUUCUAUAGUGUUUGUCCUGUUUGCUCUUGUUCUAUAGUGUUUGUCCUGUUUGCUCUUGUUCUAUAGUGUUUGUCCUGUUUGCUCUUGUUCUAUAGUGUUUGUCCUGUUUGCUCUUGUUCUAUAGUGUUUGUCCUGUUUGCUCUUGUUCUAUAGUGUUUGUCCUGUUUGCUCUUGUUCUAUAGUGUUUGUCCUGUUUGCUCUUGUUCUAUAGUGUUUGUCCUGUUUGCUCUUGUUCUAUAGUGUUUGUCCUGUUUGCUCUUGUUCUAUGGUGUUUGUCCUGUUUGCUCUUGUUCUAUAGUGUUUGUCCUGUUUGCUCUUGUUCUAUGGUGUUUGUCCUGUUUGCUCUUGUUCUAUGGUGUUUGUCCUGUUUGCUCUUGUUCUAUGGUGUUUGUCCUGUUUGCUCUUGUUCUAUAGUGUUUGUCCUGUUUGCUCUUGUUCUAUAGUGUUUGUCCUGUUUGCUCUUGUUCUAUAGUGUUUGUCCUGUUUGCUCUUGUUCUAUGGUGUUUGUCCUGUUUGCUCUUGUUCUAUGGUGUUUGUCCUGUUUGCUCUUGUUCUAUAGUGUUUGUCCUGUUUGCUCUUGUUCUAUGGUGUUUGUCCUGUUUGCUCUUGUUCUAUGGUGUUUGUCCUGUUUGCUCUUGUUCUAUAGUGUUUGUCCUGUUUGCUCUUGUUCUAUGGUGUUUGUCCUGUUUGCUCUUGUUCUAUGGUGUUUGUCCUGUUUGCUCUUGUUCUAUGGUGUUUGUCCUGUUUGCUCUUGUUCUAUGGUGUUUGUUCUGUCCUGUGUGGUUCAGUGAACUGUGGGAGGCCUGAUGUGGACUAUAACGGGAUGGUGUACGGGAACGACUGGUGGGUGGGCUCAGUUGUCCGGUAUGCCUGUCGCUCUGGCUUCCUAUUGGUGGGGGACCCUGCCCGAGCCUGCCAGUCCAAUGGAGGCUGGACCCCCAAACCCUCCUGUCUCAGGGUGUGUCGUCAGGGCCGUGUGGAGAUCACUGAGAAGGAGCUAGAAACAGCUACCUGCUCCUCCACCUGUCCCCUUAAGUCCUACAUGGGGCCUCUUAAGCAGGGCUGCUACGGCAUCGACAACUGCAGGAAGAUGAAUCCUGACUGGAAGCGCUGGUUCACCCGCUGUGACACGUGCCUGUGUGAUUGCCACAUCGCCUGUGGUAAGUAGUAAACUUUUACGCCCUUGAGUGGUACAGUCCAUUGACUGAUGAUAGCUAAAUAACUGGGCAUGUCAACUAGCAGGCAAUGAAGUUAAACCAGAUUAGCUCGUUUCAAUGAAUGGGUGGAAUGGGUGUGAGUUUGUUGAGUUCUUGAAAAAUGUGUACUCUAGAGUGUGGUUAAUAAUUAGUUCACAACGUGUUUAUUAAAUUUGAUAUCUUAAACUUAAGGUAACCCAUUCAUAUUUCACAAGUUCUAAAAUCUUUGGCCCACACAACAAACACUUCCCCACAAUGUAUUUUAUCUUUAAGUAUCUUUAGGUUAAAAGACGGACAAAUUCCACUAUUGAGUGACUAGAAUAUGUAUUCCAAAACCAUCACAAGGAUAUCGGUGAACAGGCUAACAUCACAGAUCCUCAUUGGAAUCUCAAUCGGAAUGCUCGAAUCCUCGUCGGACUAUUGCUGCUUCAUCUGCUGUCAAAGGGAAACCUAGCGAGACAUCUCUGGAACUAACAACAGUCUGUCGUGAGAGACUGCGGUCCUAACCUCAACAACCUCAUAGGGUUAACGUAUAGAACACAGUGGAGGUAAAGACACUACUUUUCCUCAGUUUCCUAAACAAACUCCCUGACUACAUAAAGGACUCAUCAUGCAGCGUAUAUUAACCGUUUUGACGAUAGAGGGGGAGGCCUCUCCUAGUGUAGAGGUUCUGUUGGGAUUAACGAGUUGUCCUUUAGCUCAACCUGCUCAUUCAAUCUGUCCUGGAACCUAGAAUGAGCUAGUUGUUGAGCUGAGACCUUAAUCUUGUUACCCACCGCAGCCCAGAGGAGAGUAGAGGUGUCGGUGGAAGUCAGAGAGGAGGACCAGGUUAACUAUCUAACAGCAUGUUUACUGUACUGCAUGUGGGGAUAGCUUGGAAUACAUAAUAUGCAAUGUGUAUUUCUAAAUGGAUGGGGAUAUACAAUAUUAACAAAGUGUGUCUUCAUUUCUCCUUAUGUUACAGCCAUUGGUUGGACUGUCUGUAUUGCUUAAGAGUUACCCAGACGUAGAUGGUUGUCCAAAGUCAAAGGUGCUUCCUCACUAACAAUGUUAGUUGUUGAUGAUUUGUCAUUGUCUUAUAAAUCCAACUCUGUGUUUAGACCAUAGGGAUCUAGAUUCAUUCUAUUUUGAAUCCAUUCUAUUUCAUUAUGUUUGUUUAGAUCAAGAGCUGAGCCUCAGGAUAUGUUUGUUUCCUUUGCGUUUGUAGCAGCCAACUCCUGCAAUGAAAUGAACAUGACCAAGUCAAACAUUAUUUUGUCUGAGUAAUGCUCUGCUAACAACUGCUUAUUACACACAGAAUGGAAUAGUGUUGUACAUACUGGGAGAACAGAAGAAUAAGAGAUCAUUCAUAAGCACUGUUUUAGACCCGCAAGAACCUGCAUCCACUCUGACAGUAGCUCCCAGGAGGUCUGAUUGGCCUCAUUUCCAGCCACUCAAUUCACACGCUUCCAGGGGCAGCCCAAAGUCUGGGUAACUCUUUCUCUGUGAACCUAUUAAAUGGAGAGCAACACGUGUAAGUUCAUCAUGCACAACAAGGCAGGAUAGGCUAUGAUGACUGACCAUACCGUACAACAUUUUGAUAAGAGAAAAUGACUUUGAUUUCUGGAAGUAUGUCAUUGUAAAAUGUAUACGAAUUAAGCCUGAAAAUGUACAAGAUACAAGAGAUUACAUUGACUUCUCUGUCAAAUAAAAUGUAUUUAAAUGUG